CGCCUUCCCCAAAAGGUAUUUCAUUUCUGUUCACAACUACCACCAACCCACCGGCUUCGCUCAGAUGGGCCCCAUGGACCUGAAAGCAAUUCACUUGAUGUUGACUCUGAUCACAGCUUCCCAGGCUCAACAACCCCUCGUGGUCUCCCAGCCCAGCUCAGCAGAGGGCACUGAAGGCGGUUCCGUCACCUUGCACUGUUCCUACAAGUCCACCUCAGAGCCCAAGGUUGGGAGCUUCCGGUGGGUGAAGGAGCCAGGGGUGGAGGUCAGAAAGACCACCCGGGAAUUCAUGGGAAGGGUGAGUCCGACCUCGGAGCAGGGCUUCCUCUUGGAGAGCAGAGCUGACAUAGAGAUACGGGAUCUGAGACAUUACGACUCUGGGGUGUACCGAUGCGUGGUGAAGAUCCCUGGAUUCCAGGAGACAUCGGGGAACGGGACUGAGCUUCGUGUGGUUAAAGAAGACCUAAAAGGAUCUAAUUCUGCACCACAAGGGGACACCAUGGUACUCAUAUGGCUUCUCCUGCGUGCUGUCCUCUGUACCUUUGGAAUUACGACCACUGCUUUGGUGACACGUCUUUAUUAUGGGAAGAGAUCUCCACAAAAGAGGCCAUUGCACCACAGAGAGAACGAAUAUAAAGCAACAAGCAGGAAUUGACAACAGCAGCAACCCAUUCUCUAUUCCUUUCCCCCUUCAAUCCAGUAGAACUCGUCCUCCCCUUUACAAUUUUAGGACCUUCAUCAACAGAGCAGAAU